GCACCGAGUCCGUCUGGCAAGACUGCGGGCACUGAGUCGUCUGGCAAGACUGCGGGCACCGAGUCGUCUGGCAAGACUGCGGGCACCGAGUCGACUGGCGGAACAGCGGGCACCGAGUCGUUUUCUGGCAAGACAGUGGGGCUCCGAGUCAACAGGCCACGACAGUGUGGGCACCGGGAUCAUCAGGUAUCGGAUUGUCUGGCUCGACAGCGGGCAUCGGGUCACCAGGGAGAGGCUUCAGGCCGAGGAGAGGCUUCAGGCCGCGUAGAGGCUUCAGGCGAGUAGAGGCUUCAGGCCCCGAGU